AUGGCGACGACGGGCGACCCUGACGAGGCUUCAUGCGGUAAUACGUUGCAUCUGAAUUUGCUACCGGCGGAGAUCCUGCAUCACAUAUUCUCGGGCCUCGAACCCCGCGACCUGGGACGUAUCCCACGCACGUGUCGGUUCCUGCACGAUUUUGUAACGGGGAACCAAAAACUUUGUAAAGACGUGUACCUAAGCACAUUGGAUACACCCCCACACAUUGAUGAGGACAUUGAUUGGGAAAGGGAGGUGCAUGAUUUUGUCAGGCUCGAAAUCCUUUGCGCCGACAAGAAAGUCCACGAGCAGGCCCAUGAGCUGCCCUUUGUGUACGAGACCGUCGAUAGACUUCUCAAACAUGCAUCGCCAACGGGCGAGACGCAGAACGAUGCUGGCACCCACGCCGUGUCCCGCAAUGCCGCGGCCCUUACCCGCAUCUUCCGCGAGGAGCCCGCACGCCUGACCUUCAUGAGCCGCUCCUUCGUCUACGAGCGCGCGCGCGACGAGGUGAAGCCACUCAGGCUGCCGUCUGUGCCCGACGAGACGCACCAGCGCAGCGCCAAGCUGCACUGCCUGUACGGCCGGCCGCUGCUAAACUACGGCCGCACGCGGUCGACGCGCGUGUAUCCGUACGCCGCGGCCAAGGUGUACGACCUGCGGCAGAACACGGACAGGACCGAGUGGGGUCCGUUCAUGGAGGACGGGUCGGGGCGGGUGGACUGGGAAAAGGUCGAGGCCGUCAUGAUCGUGCUCGGGAGCAACAUCCGGCUGCAGAAGCUGACGGCAAGGGUAUUUGCGAACUUGUGGGAGAGGCCGUUCGCCGGGUCGUGGGCGAGGAGCUACGUGCCGUCGCCGAGCCGGGGGAUCCAGGACCUGGAUCUUCAGGACCCGUACGGCGUCGCGGGGACGUGGCUGAGGGUGGUCUGCUUCGUCGACUACAACGACUUUUUCAGCUUCAACUUCCCCAUCGGCGACCGAACGCCGCGCGACGUCCCGCGGCCCCCCUUCGACGUGGGCGAGGCGACGCGUAUCAUCGUCAUGAAGGUGUACGUCACCGACGUGCAGCCGCCCGGCGAGAACGACGGCAAGGAGCUCCCCGUAGUACACUUUUACGGCGUCUCGCGGUCGGUGGACGACUCGUGGGACGAGAACGCCAACUCCAACCUUCGAGGCACGGUACGCUUGACCAAGGAGGGCGAGGUGAGGUGGACGACAUUCUCCGUUUUCAACGGCCACCCGCGGUGGCGGAGCGAGGGGAUCCAGAUCGGGGGCGUCGGAUCGGCCCGCGGCGUCAUGGGGCACUGGUUUGACACGGACUACGACCCUCACGGCCCCUGCGGGCCCAGCGCCUUCUUCAAGGUGUCGGACCCGGCCCCGAGCCCGAGGGAAGACGACGCGAAGCGGAUCACGUUCCGGGACUUCAUGCCCAUCAUGGACUUCGACGCGGAGCUGGCGAGCGACGAGGACGAGGACGAGGACUACGUGGUGGGCGAGUGGGGCGAGGACGAGGAGGACGAGGACAUGAGCGAGGAGGACCUGGUGCAGGACCUGAUGGCACUGACGGCCCCGGACCCGGACCUCGUCGACCUCGUGUUCCACGGGCACCACCUGGUCGACCAGUGA